AACUUUCCGCUUGACAGUAUUGUGCGUCAAAUUGCCUGGAUAAUCAGAGAGCUUUAAUUGUCCUAUUAGGAUCAUUUGGCCUGUUCUAAUACAGCUCCAUGUAGGCUCACUACAGUACAAUUGAGCAGCUGUUGGGUCCGACCACGAGAAGCCUGUAUACAGGGUCUCCUCCACUUGUCUCGUAUAUAUUGCACAAUGGCUGCAUCUAAGCGACAGUAUUUUGAAUACAUUGUCAUUGGCUGUGGAGGGAUAGGCAGCGGAGCUCUAUACUGGUUGUCAAAGCGUUCCAGCUCAGUCCUUGGUCUCGAGCAGUUUUCUCUCGGUCAUGAAAGAGGAGGCUCACAAGACGUAUCAAGGAUCAUCCGCCUGACGUACCAUGAUGACCGCUACACUAGACUCACACCCGACACCUUCAAGGCUUGGGACCAGAUAGAGCGUGAGUCAGGCCAGCAGAUUGUAUGGAUGACCGGGGGUUUGCAGCUGGCCAGGAAGGGACAAAGCGAGUUCGUCAUGGAGAAGUACGCUGCAGCAAUGGACAGGAACAACAUCAAAUACGACAGGUUGUCAAACCUGCAACUGAUGGCCCGCUACCCCCAGUUCACUGUGGGUCCAGACAUCGUGGGCUUGUACCAGGAGCAGGCAGGCCUCGUAGAUGCCGCUGUGGGGAACGCUGUCCACAUCCAGCUGGCCCGGGGAAACGGGGCUACAGUCCUGGAGAACUGCCCCGCUACCAGGCUCACUAGGGCCAACAACGGCAACGUCAUUGUUCACACAACGAAGGGCGUAUUCGAGUGCCGGAAGGUGGUGGUGACGGCAGGGGGGUGGCUCAACACGAUCCUGGGGACAAUCGGCGUCCACGUCCCCGUCACCGUCACACAGGAGCAGGUGACGUACUACGCCACGCCGCACAUGAAGGAGUUCACCAAGGAAAAGCACCCGAUCUGGCUUUUUCACUGCCCCCGUUACGACAUCUACGCCCUCCCCAUCCACGGCAACACGGGGUCGAAGAUCGGGGUCGACGCUGGAAGCAACGUGGUUACCGCCGACACGAGGACCUUUGAGCCGGAUCCUGUUCGAGAGCGAACCUGCACUGAGCUGCUGCAGGAGAUUUGUCCGAAGUUCUUGGGACCAAUCCUUCAGACCAAGACCUGUCUGUAUGCCAUGACUCCAGACAGACACUUCGUGGUCGACACAUGCGCAUACAAAGGCUGGUCUGACGUCAUCGUUUGUUGUGGAGCUGGACAUGCGUACAAAUUUGCAAGUCUGCUUGGAAAAGUCCUGAGCGACCUCGCCGUUGACGGCCGUACCCAGUACGACAUCAGUCAAUUCAACAUCACCAGAGACGCGAUUCAGGAUCCCACUUUCAAACUAACGUUUUUCCUGGGACGUGGCACAGAGGCGAAACUAUAGACAGAAGGCUGCUCAUAUCCCGGUCAUAACCCACCAGACUUUACCGAACAGGAAUAGUUACCACAACCAUGUAAUUGGGCUCCGUUCCACAAAACUUCCCUUCAUUUAUUGAUAAUACAUAGCGUUUACAUUAUAUUUUUUAGAACGCAACCUUGACUCAAUAACGGAAAUGUUGAAUUUACUACUUGUUCGUGAUAUGAACAUGUCACAUUUUCAAGCAAAUGUAUAAUGCCUAAUUUAUCUGCAGUAGUAAUAAAUUCUGAAAAAUCGGAACUUGUUUUGUGUGGAAUCAAAUCUAAAACACGUUGCAACAUACUGAAACUCACAUUUUGGGAACUAUUAUUCAUGUAUCUACGUACAAUUUGGUGUGUGUCUGUAGUCGGGGUAUUCGGAUUUUUAUUUUGACCCUGUUGGCCUAUAAACUUAGAUUACUCUAUCAUCACUCUUGGCAUACAGACUUGUGGAUAACUUUGUUUCGCUCAUACGAGGCGGUAUCACUGGUCUCUUUUAUUUCUACCCCAUGUGGGAAAACCACGGAAGGUAAUGUAUUGGCUAUUUGACCAUUAUUGAACGAUAUCAGAUGUACCUGAAGCUUGUUACUAAAUUUCUCGGCCCAGUUCCCUUGUUUUGAUUUUGCCAAUCCGUACAUAAAGACAUAUAUAAACAAUGAGAGGAACACAAGUUGUGUCCAUGGCGAUGCCUACCUCUUGCCCAAAUGCCCUAUCCCCAUAUUUCUCUUGAAGAGGAAGUCCAGAAAUUCAAUGUUAUUUUCUCGAUAGACUUCAGAUGACAUUUCCUUUCAUUAUUGACAUAUUGUUCUGAACCUUUGAACACAGAAAUGUAAGUAGCAAAACCCAAUGGAUCAAGGGAUUAAGGUUUUCCUCAAGUACGAUGUACAUAACUGAAAUAUCAAUUGCUUUGACAUGAUUUCAUUUGGUCCUUUACUGACUUUGCAAACAUUCAAGCAAAUGAUUUUGAAAUUUUGAUACUUUCGAUGAAAAUAAGGAAUGUCUUACCUUGAUUUGGUUUAGGAUUAUGGUUAAUCUUUGAGACAGGACUUAGGUGGUAGAUGAUCUGGCCCUAUCAACAUAUCUCUUUGUAUACAUUUGUAUGGGGCUUUAGAACCCAAUACCAAAGAAGAAUGGGCAUGUCUCCAGGUUUUAGAGUCAGGCCAAAAGUAGAUAGUUAAGCGACCGAAUAAAAACCGAUAAUACUAAAAUUGCGUUUUUGGUGAGUCUGAAGUAUUAUUGUCUAAUGUUGCUGAGAUUGCAGUGUAUAAAUGUAUCGAGAGUGUUGCUGUCACUAUCCAAUGACAGGAACACACUACGUAGUAAACAAAUGAUAGAGAGACACAUAUUGGCACGUUUUUGAAGUGGGGAUGCGCACUUCUCGCCACCUACUCCAAUCUGGAUUAAUCAGUGCCUCGAUCAAUGAGGUAUGAGGAAACAGUUAAAACAUACUUCAGUAAACUACGGUUAUAACGAACACGCUUAUAACGAACUGACGGAUAUAACGAACUAACUUUUUAGUCCCGACUAUUUGCUGUAGUUAUGCUGUAAAUAUGCUUAUAACGAUAUACGGUUAUAACGAACUAUAAUUAGUAGUAUCUUUUAGUUCGUUAUAACCGUAAUUUACUAGCUGCUGCCAUUGUCCAAAAAAACAUAAUUCCUUGGGUUGUGAGGCAUACUCCCAAACACCUUCUGGAUUUCUAGAAUCAAUUACGAUUUAAAUCACUGGCGUUUUGAUUUAACUUUUAUAAUAUAACAUAAGGCCUAUUUGAAAGGAAGAAAAGAUUUAUUUCAUGGGGGAGAGAUGAUGUCACCCACCAGAUGUAAGAAGUGCAGGGUCCUAGCAUAUUUUAUGGAUCACUUCAGCAGGCACUGUUAGACUUUGUACAUGACAAAUGUAGUGAACUGGCUUUUGAACCAUCUGAUCAGUUCCGGUCUUUGACCGAUCUGCUUUUUAAUUGAAUGAGUUUUCACUUGAAAUUGUUUAUUUGCGGGUUUAAUUAAUAUAAUUAAAGAAUGUUUGUUACUCAUGUCAUUUACAUUAUUCACUGAAUCAGCUGUUUACAUGUAUAAUCCAUUCACCAGGAAGCCCACCUUCAAACACUGUGAUCCGUGCCAUCUGUGGAACUGAGACAUUCUCUUACAAUGACACAUAUUUGAUACUCCUGAUAUGUGUGACAAAGCAGUGUUGAGAGACGUUAAUCAGACUGGUAAUUUGCUUGAGAGUAGUCCUUCUUUAUGAGUUCGGGUAUUUCGCUUGGACAACAAUCUGUGCCCUUAUUACAUGACAAAUGGCAUGCAACACAUAGCAAGGACCGUAAAAAUGAUAUUCUCUUCUCUAAUAGUGCAAGACAAAGCAAAUUGUCCUAUGUUUUUAACAAUACUUUCUUCACUGGAAAUGCUAGUUGUUUUGAAAUAUGCUGUUGAAAAAGGUUUCUUUUUAAAAUGUGCAUCGGGUUUCAUAUAUUGAAUAUGAAGUGCUGAAUAUUUCGUAUGUUUGUACACCUACAUUUACGAAUGUAAGAAAACAUGCCAAUGUUGAAAAGAAACAUACAUACAGGAUUUGUUGUGUUAUUAAACGAGUG